UCCUAGGGGUUAGGGUUUUCCGAUUCUCAUGGCGAAUGCGACGCCCUCGGAGCUGAAGAAGGUCCGAUUGGAGGCGCUAGAUCGGCGGCAAAGUUUUGGAUCGUCUCCUUUCACCCCUCAUUUUCCAUCGAUCGCAAAAAAUGGGAUUGCAGCGUCGCCGAAGACUCCGGCGUCUCAAUCGCAGGCUUCGGGAAGGCGAUUAUCUGCGCCAUAUAGCUCGCUAGACGAUCCGAUGUAUAUCCCACUGCCGGAGUCCUUUUUCCAUGGAGAAGUAGCUUCUAACUUGAAGCUCGCAAAUUCGGAUGGGAAGCACGUAGUGGCUCAUCUCUUAGAGAAUUUAUGGGGUAAAAGUUCCAAGGCUUCGAAAGAAUUCGAGAACAAGCAAAACCAGAUGGUGCAGCUUGACAAUCCUACAACGCGGAAGAUGCAGAGUGACAAAGCUCGUGCAAGAGCUCAGCUCCGCAGCAAGCGUUCCAUGCAGCGAUGGUCUCUCAGGAAACACCGAAGGAUGGGAUCAUAUGUCUUGAGCUCCAAGUAUUUAAAGCAUGAACUUUACGCACCUCUUCAUGAAAUGUGGAAAGAAUACAUGGAGGACUUGAUUAAGGGCUGCAGCCAGCGUAUGAUGCAAUCAAGGAUUUUAACGGCGGAAUUACAUGGAGCUCCAAUGGAAGUUUUGGCUUCGAAAAGCUGUAGCUUUUCCGGUUCCAAGGGACUUAUGAUAAGAGAAACCGAGAACACUUUCAGCAUUAUCACUUUGGAUAACAAGCUCAAAGUGGUUCCGAAAAGAGGUUCUAUAUUUGUGUUGCGCUUUGAUGCGAUGAAAAUCACGCUCUUUGGGAACAAUCUGUCAGCCCGAUCAGGGCAAUCAAUCGAGUGCAGUGCCAAGAAGAAUAUAACCGUUGAGCUCUAGUCCUGUACAGCUUGAUCUUGAUCUAAGGAAUUUAGUGCUAAGAAGCUCCAAGCCUUGGAGUGAGAGAUUGUUGCCAAAGAGCAUGAUGUCAUUGUGUGAGAAGUUACAAAGGAUUUCACCAUUUUAGUAAAGUCUACUACUGUAA